CGAGUAAGGACGCGACUCUCCCGACGCGGGGAGGCUUAUUCUGCCCAUUUGGGGACACUUCCCCGCCGCUGCCAGUACCCGCUUCUCUGAAAGGCUCUCCUUGCAGCUGUUUAGACGCUGGAUUUUUUUAGGGUAGUGGAAAACCAGCAGCCUCCCGCGACGAUGCCCCUCAACGUUAGCUUCACCAACAGGAACUAUGACCUCGACUACGACUCGGUGCAGCCGUAUUUCUACUGCGACGAGGAGGAGAACUUCUACCAGCAGCAGCAGCAGAGCGAGCUGCAGCCCCCGGCGCCCAGCGAGGAUAUCUGGAAGAAAUUCGAGCUGCUGCCCACCCCGCCCCUGUCCCCUAGCCGCCGCUCCGGGCUCUGCUCGCCCUCCUACGUUGCGGUCACGCCCUUCUCCCCUCGGGGAGACAACGACGGCGGUGGCGGGAGCUUCUCCACGGCCGACCAGCUGGAGAUGGUGACCGAGCUUCUGGGAGGAGACAUGGUGAACCAGAGUUUCAUCUGCGACCCGGACGACGAGACCUUCAUCAAAAACAUCAUCAUCCAGGACUGUAUGUGGAGCGGCUUCUCGGCUGCCGCCAAGCUCGUCUCCGAGAAGCUGGCCUCCUACCAGGCUGCGCGCAAAGACAGCGGCAGCCCGAACCCCGCCCGCGGCCACAGCGUCUGCUCCACCUCCAGCUUGUACCUGCAGGAUCUGAGCGCCGCCGCCUCAGAGUGCAUCGACCCCUCGGUGGUCUUCCCCUACCCUCUCAACGACAGCAGCUCGCCCAAGUCCUGCGCCUCGCCGGACUCCAGCGCCUUCUCUUCGUCCUCGGAUUCUCUGCUCUCCUCGACGGAGUCCUCCCCUCAGGCCAGCCCGGAGCCCCUGGUGCUCCAUGAGGAGACACCGCCCACCACCAGCAGCGACUCUGAGGAAGAACAAGAAGAUGAGGAAGAAAUCGAUGUUGUUUCUGUGGAAAAGAGGCAGGCUCCUGGCAAAAGGUCAGAGUCUGGAUCACCUUCUGCUGGAGGCCACAGCAAACCUCCUCACAGCCCACUGGUCCUCAAGAGGUGCCACGUCUCCACACAUCAGCACAACUACGCAGCACCUCCCUCCACUCGGAAGGACUAUCCUGCUGCCAAGAGGGUCAAGUUGGACAGUGUCAGAGUCCUGAGACAGAUCAGCAACAACCGAAAAUGCACCAGCCCCAGGUCCUCGGACACCGAGGAGAAUGACAAGAGGCGAACACACAACGUCUUGGAGCGCCAGAGGAGGAAUGAGCUAAAACGGAGCUUUUUUGCCCUGCGUGACCAGAUCCCGGAGUUGGAAAACAAUGAAAAGGCCCCCAAGGUAGUUAUCCUUAAAAAAGCCACAGCAUACAUCCUGUCCGUCCAAGGAGAGGAGCAAAAGCUCACUUCUGAAAAGGACUUGUUGCGGAAACGACGAGAACAGUUGAAACACAAACUUGAACAGCUACGGAACUCUUGUGCAUAAGGAAAAGUAAGGAAAAAGAUUCCUUCUAACAGAACUGUCCCAAUCAAUUACCUAUGAACUUGUUUCAAAUGCAUGAUCAAAUGCAACCUCACAACCUUGGCUGAGUCUUGAGACUGAAAGAUUUAGCCAUAAUGUAAACUGCCUCAAAUUGGACUUUGGGCAUAAAAGAACUUUUUUAUGCUUACCAUUUUUUUUUUCUUUAACAGAUUUGUAUUUAAGAAUUGUUUUUAAAAAAUUUUAAGAUUUACACAAUGUUUCUCUGUAAAUAUUGCCAUUAAAUGUAAAUAACUUUAAUAAAACGUUUAUAGCAGUUACACAGAAUUUCAAUCCUAGUAUAUAGUACCUAGUAUUAUAGGUACUAUAGACCCUAAUUUUUUUUAUUUAAGUACAUUUUGCUUUUUAAAGUUGAUUUUUUUUCUAUUGUUUUUAGAAAAAAAUAAAAUAACUGGCAAAUAUAUCGUUGAGCCAAAUCUUAA